UUUUUCUUCUUAUUUUUUUUUUCUCUUCUUUCCUCAACAAUGUUACUCGUAACCCAAAUAAACUCUAAAAACGGCCCUGCGAUUUUCUUUUCUUUCUUAAUUUACAGCGAAGUUGUUGCAAGUAAUUUCACGAAGCAAACCCGUUUGUGGAAUUCUUCGAAGUGGGUUUAAUUGGAAAAAAGUUCGUUGCCGUAAUUACUGAGUAAACUCAAAGAACCGUCGGUGAUGAAUGAUGUCGACGUUAACUGUUCGUCAUAAUCAAAUACGGAGUAGGUUCUGUCAGCUUGAUAUUUGAAUUAGUAUACGCUCACUGAAAUUCCUCUCCUUUUCCUCAAUCUCUUCACUUAUUAGACCACAAAGAAACAGUGUUCAGUGUUUCGACUGUUUGGUGUUUGGCCUACACGACCUUUCCCUCAGACCAGUCAUUGUAGGAAUGUGAGCAAAGUCUGCUCUAGGGAUCUCACCUGCCCAGUAAGUUACAGUUCUAAACCCUCCCUACCCUUUCCUUGCUUUCACAUUUUGCAUCCUUUCCUUCCAGAGUGUGAUCUAUGGACCUUGCAUCUGUGCGUUGAUGAUCUUGCUUUUUCAGAAGAAUAUGCCAACAACUGUGCGUAUGCGGGUUCUGUUUUUUAGGGGAAUGUGCAUUUAUCUUGAAAUAGCAGUAAUUAGCAAACAUGGUACUGGGGAAGAAUUCCCGAGGCGAGGGGAGGAAGUUGUCAAACUACUGUUCAACGGUUUCUAUUGCUGUGUUCGUUGCAUUUUGUUUGGUUGGUGUAUGGAUUAUAAUGUCAACCAUUGUUCCAAUUCAGAAUUCAGUCAUUCAGGUAUCUGAGACCAUUAGUGAUGUAAAAGAUGUACAGAGUGAUUCCAAGCAAUUUGAAGAAAGAUCUGGUGAUAUACCAGAAGAAUCAACAAAGGGAGAUACCCAGACUCUUAAACCUCAGAGCGAUAGCUUUGCAGAAAACCAGAAUGAACAAAAGGAAAUUGGAGAAGUGUCUGAUAAUAUGGCUAACGAAAACCAGGAGGUUGUUAGGGAGAGCUCAGAUGAAAAGAAUGAUUUUGAGAAGGAUCCUGGGAAUAGUGCUGAGGAGAAUGAUAAAAUGAGGAAUGUCAAGCCGAGCACUGACGAGAAGGAGCAGGAGAAAGGAUCAGAUGGAACAUUAAAUUCUGACUCUGCAGAAACAGAAACUUUGAAUGGUCAAAAUCAUAAUGAUGAGCUCAGAGGAUCAAUGGGAACUUUAGAUGAAAAGGAAUCUGACAAGAGUGCAAAUGAUAACAAAUUAGGGACAGAAAAGAGUAUGGAUAAAGUUACACAACAGGAUGAGAUAGUUAAUGAGACUGAAGAGGAGACAGCAAAGAUAAAUACACAUUCUGAAACAACACAAAUUUCUGGAGAGAGUAACACAGAUAGCCAUGAAAAUAGUCAAGCUUCAAAAGAAGAUUUUAUUGCUGAUACACAAUCAGAAACUUUGAUUGAAACUAGCGCUGAAAAUGGAACCUGGUCAACUCAAGCCACAGAGUCACAACACGAGAAGGAAUCACAGACGUCUACAGUUUCUAUUGACAGUAGUAGAUAUGAUUGGAAACUUUGUAAUACAACUACCGGAUCAGAGUAUAUUCCUUGCCUUGACAAUUGGUAUGCAAUUAGAAGGCUUCAUAGCAUAAGCCACUAUGAGCAUCGUGAGAGACACUGUCCUGAUGAAGCUACCACUUGUCUUGUUUCUCUGCCCGAGGGCUAUAGAAGCCCAAUUAGGUGGCCCAAAAGCAGGGAAAUGAUAUGGUACAAGAAUGCUCCACACACAAAGCUUGUAGAAGAUAAGGGUCAUCAAAACUGGGUUAAAGAUGCUGGUGAAUACCUUACUUUUCCUGGUGGUGGAACUCAAUUUAAACAUGGGGCUCUUCAUUACAUAGAAUUCAUUCAGAAAUCUCUUCCUAAAAUUGCAUGGGGGAAGAGAAGUCGUGUGAUAUUGGAUGUUGGGUGUGGGGUAGCCAGCUUUGGAGGCUACUUGUUUGAAAAAGAUGUGCUGACCAUGUCAUUUGCUCCUAAAGAUGUGCACGAGGCACAAGUACAAUUUGCUCUGGAACGGGGAAUUCCUGCCACAGUAGGUGUCAUGGGCUCCAUAAGAUUACCCUACCCUGGUUCUGUCUUUGAUCUUGUCCACUGUGCUCGUUGUAGAGUCCCUUGGCAUGUAGAAGGUGGCAGGUUACUCUUAGAGCUUAACCGUGUCUUAAGACCUGGAGGAUACUUUGUGUGGUCUGCUACUCCAGUGUACCAAAAGGAUCCAGAAAGUGUUGAGAUUUGGAAAGCGAUGGGUGAAAUUACUGUGUCAAUGUGCUGGGAUCUGGUGGUAAUUGCAAAGGACAAAUUGAAUGGAGUGGCAGCAGCAAUAUAUAGAAAACCAACUGACAAUGAAUGCUAUAACAACAGAAUAAAAAAUGAGCCACCCAUGUGCAACGAAUCUGAUGAUCCAAAUACAGCCUGGAAUGUAUCACUACAGGCUUGUAUGCACAAAGUGCCCAUUGAUGCAUCAGAGCGUGGAUCAAUCUGGCCCGAGCAAUGGCCACUGAGGUUGGAGAAACCGCCUUACUGGAUAAACUCUCAGGCUGGUGUUUAUGGAAGAGCUGCUGCUGUGGAAUUCACUGCUGAUUACAAGCAUUGGAAAAAUGUUCUAUUCCACUCAUAUUUGAAUGGAAUGGGUAUCAAUUGGUCUUCAGUAAGAAAUGUGAUGGACAUGAGAGCUGUUUAUGGAGGGUUUGCUGCAGCACUCAGAACCCUGAAAGUGAAUGUCUGGGUAAUGAAUGUGGUUCCGAUUGAUUCUCCGGACACACUGCCUAUAAUAUAUGAGCGUGGAUUGUUUGGUAUCUAUCAUGAUUGGUGUGAAUCCUUCAAUACAUACCCUAGAUCCUAUGAUCUUCUUCAUGCAGAUUCUAUAUUAUCAGCACUUAAGAAAAAGUGCAACAUAGUGGCAGUGAUUGCAGAAGUUGAUAGGAUCCUAAGACCAGAAGGUUAUUUUGUGGUAAGAGACAAUGCUGAAACCAUUGGUGAGAUAGAAAGCAUGGCUAAAUCAUUACACUGGGAUAUUCGGUUGACAUAUUCAAAAGAUGGGGAGGGAUUGCUUUGCAUUCAGAAGACAUUCUGGCGUCCAACAAAGGUUGAAACAGUUGCAUCAGCCUUUGCAUGAUUAGGAUGCUUCACCAUCAUAUUUUCAAAGUUUGAAAUAGCUAUACGUUUACUUCUAUGGUUAUAUUAUAUUGUGGAAGAGUGUCACAUUCACUUCUCUAUAUAAUAUUCAUUAUUGUUUAAUGUAAAUUAUACACACGACUUGCUUCGUAGUUCGUUAGCACUCACUUUAUCUGCACAGUCGUCUGUCAAAACACCAUUUGGGGACAAUUUUAAUUGAAAUUAUCAAUAUGUCGAUUUUUGUUUUUUUAAAUUACAACAGACGAGUCAGUCGUGCUUGUAAGGAUGAAGUAGUGGUUUCAAGUAUGACUUUGGUUUUGUUGA